ACUGUCGAGCCGAGUGGACCCCAUUUUCAGUUGCCUCCAAAAAAUUUAAAUUGUAACCGGCACCUCACGAAUUAAUUAUUUCGUUCACGUGUGUUUUUUUUUCUUUCGUGAAAUUUCGUGAAUAAUUUAUUUCUUUCAAUGUGAACACGAGUUGAUUAAUUCGAUCGAAUUUUUUCCCGGGAUACAGAGGUGUGACACAAUCAUCGCCAAAGUGUGUGAGGUGGCCCGUGAAAAGAUUUGGAGCUGCUGAACUGGCAAAAAUUGAUUGGCAUCAAAAAAGCAAAAGAUGAUGGUGAGUGAAGCACUUUGGAGCGUGAGGAGUAAGCGGACGGGAGGAGGAUCCAGCGGCCGGAGGACGAUUCGACACUCUGGCGGAUGUCUUACCCCGUGGCUGCUCCUGUUCCUGUUGGCUGCCUCUUCAUCCAACGCCGACAAUUUGGCUCUGCUGUCGGGCACUUUGCGAACUAUUCAGCGGGCGGCCUGCGAUGGUGAAACGCUGACGCUUCGAUGUCCCUUGGGCACGGCCGUUUCCAUCCAACUGGCCCAGUACGGAAGGCCAGCUCCGGGCGUGGCACUCUGCUCCCAACAACAACAACACCCACCCGAUCCGCCCGCUUUGGCGUCCAUAGACGGCAAUCAAUUACAGCAGCAGCACAAUUCGAUUAACGACACCUGCACGUUGACUCCUCAGAUGCAGCACGCGCUACUCCAAACUGUAGUCGAAGCCUGCAUGAAGAAGAGGCACUGCAAGUUUACCACGUCGCCGGGCAAUGGCAAAGACACGGCGGCUGUUGUGGUCCCGGCCUCGCCUUCGUGUCCCGGCCAGCCGCCCAAGUUUGUCGAAGUUGCGUACAAGUGUCGCCCGCUUGAAUUUCGUAGCAAAAUCAUUUGCGAGAACGAGACGAUCCAGUUGAAAUGCAAAAGGAACGCCCGCAUCGCCAUCUAUUCGGCCACUUUUGGGCGUGUCCAAUUUCAAAGCGCCCAGUGCCUCCAGCCGCCCGGAAUCGAGGAUGAAACUUGCGAGGCCAGCUUUUCGACAGAGACGGUGAUGCAAAUGUGUCACGGCAAGCGUAGGUGCACGCUUAACGCUUCUUCGUCGACGUUCGGUAAUCCGUGCAGCCCCCAAUCUCAUCUCUACCUACGUGUCGUCUACACUUGCGUUUCGCGAAGGAUACUGAAGGAUCACUACCAAGGGGAGCUGGAAGAGGAUGAAGUGCCGGAUCACCAGAAUUCGUUCGAUAACGAAGACUUGAUGAGUGAGAACUCGUUCGAGUCGGAAGACUACGCCGAGCCCGUCUCGUCUGCCACUCCGAUUCCGCCUCGACACGUUGCAGCCCAGGACGACGCCAGUAACUAUGACAACGCCAACAACUACCGGACGACUGACCGACCAUUCGGCGACCAGCAAGCCAAACGCGGAGGAUUUAUCGGCGAUGCCGGCGUCGUCGUCCAUGUUGACGACAUGCUAGGGGAUAUCGGAAGUGACGGAGGCCGUCGCCAUCAGGAAUGGCCCCAACCUUCCGAGCGGGACCACAAUAACGGACGACACGACAACACGCAAUCCCAUCCAUCACAGCAGAACGUCUUUGGUUUCAUCACAGAUUGGAUCACCUCUGUGUCUUUUAUGAAAGAGAAUCAAGAGAAAUUCAUCUUGUAUCUGACGCUGAGCAUUGCGGCCGGAAUUCUUGUGGUGUUGACGCUGCUGAUUGCCCGGAUGUGGUGGCAGAAACGGCGCGGAAGGCGGGAAGCCAAAUCGCUUCAUUCAUCUGAUCCCAUCCCGGCCUUUGCUGAUGACGUUAGCGACGUUGAUAACGACAUUGAUCUGACUAGUUUAUCGUUGCCGCCUCCUCCGCCACUCCUCUCCGAACUCACCAGCUUGAACGGAACGAUGAACAGCGGGCCGGUGCCCAGCGCCGAAGGUGUCUACUCGGCCCAGUACGGCUACUCCGGCCAGCACGGUGUCGCCGGCACGAUACGCCGUUCCACUGUCGAAGAAGGUGACACGCAUCCCCGUAGUUUCAUCCGCAACGGGAACAACAGUCACUACUAUUACGGCUAGACAGCACCUGUGUUUUCUCGCUAAUGUUUGAACAAAAUGUCAUGACGUGGAAAUGAAGUCGUCGUCAUCGCAUUUUUAAAAAAUGUACAUACAAAAGCUUAUAGUUGGAUCGCCAAUCAUGUAUACAGUACACACUUUUCUGCAUAUGUUACUUCUAUUUCCCCCCCAUAAAUUUAUACGACAAAAUGGACAGCAAAAAUGUAUCCGGGUAGGCCUGAAUACUCUGAUAUUUUGGAGGAAAACUGGUUUGAUUCCACAUUCUUUGGUAUCCCCUUUCUUCUACAACUUCCCACAUCACCACACACCCACUGGUUGUACAUAAUUUGAUUAUUUAAACACUUGAUGAAAACUUUUCUUUUUUUUUCAAAACAUACAGUACGAGCGCCCGAUUAUUUUGCUCUAUUAUAUGCUACCGCUGUAAAAAAAAAACACUUUUGGAAUGAAUCGCAAGGUGUGUGAUGUCUGAACAUGUCACAUUGAUUGGUUACCAUGUCAAAAGGAAAUAUAUCUUAUACAUUUCAACGUA